CUUAUGGGAAGAAGACAAGAGCUGCUUGGCCUGGCUCGAUGCACAGCCAUUAAAUUCUGUGAUCUUUGUGAGCAUUGGAAGUCUUGCUGUGAUGACCAAAGACCAGUUACUGGAGUUUUGGUAUGGUUUAUUCGAUAGUGGCAAGCUGUUCUUGUGGGUCAGACGGCCUGGUUCCAUCGCCGGGGACUGUACUGAAAGUAUGAUUCCGGUUGAACCCUUAGAAGGAACAAGGAAAAGAGGAUGUAUUGUGGGUUGGGCUCCACGGGAAGAGGUUUUGGCAAACCCGGCGAUCGGUGGGUUUUUGACUCAUAGUGGGUGGAACUCGACUCUGGAGAGUAUAGUAGCCGGAGUUCCGAUGAUACGCUGGCCGUACUUUGUUGACCAGCAGGUGAACAGUAGGUUUGUGGGGGAGGUUUGGAAGCUUGGGUUGGACAUGAAAGAUACUUGUGACAAGGUUAUUGUGGAUGUGCCUUCAAGAUCCUGCACAAUAUAA